AUGAAGAACAUCAAUUCCGAAAUUAAACAAAACUCCACAAACAUGUCCGAAUCACUUGGAAUCUUCAGUCAAAUCCAACACAGUGUCAACAACUUCACCCAAGCUUACCAGCAACCAGAAGAUAACUUCAUGUCCAACCUGACUGCAUUCGAUCAGAAUGUCAAAUAUUCUCCAGAAGACGAAGAAGCCUGCAACUUAAGCUUCGAUUCAACACUCAGUGCUACUGAAAUUGAGAAUGAUUUGGACGACAUGGAAAUUGAAGACUUUGGCGAAGCUGAGCAGUUAUUUGAAGAUGCAGCAGACUUCUCCGAAUUAUUGACAGAAUUAACUGAAGAAUUUCCAGCACUGGAUGAACUCUUGAAUGCGGAAUUGGGAGCAACAGACUUGACAAUCACAGAACAGUUCCAACUUCAGAACAGCCAACCCUUCAUACCAGAAGUAGCUAAACAAGAAGUCAUCAGACAAGCCGAGAGCAAUACAGUCUUUAAAAGCGAAUUUGCAUGCUCAAUCUGCGACAAGGACUUUACAGCAUAUUCAUCGUUAACUCGUCACUACAAAACACAAAAACAUCAAAGAAUGGAAGCAAAAUUUCAAGAACAAGGAGCACCAAACUUGAGCUCGUCGGUUCAGACACAGAACUUCAGCUCCAAUCAACAAGUUCAAAUGCCAGUCAUUAACUUCGUACAACAUCCAAGCAUCUAUCAAUGUAAAGCCUCGAAUGCUGAACAAAAUAGAAUUAACUACAUUAACAAAAUCAGAGAAUCAAGGAACAAGACAAUGGACCAAAACAGAAUGAUGUCAGCUACGCCAGAGAAGUUAUUCAUGAUAGUUGAGCCCAACAAGGUACCAAAGCCAGAAGAAUGUGUCCAAAGAGUCCAGAUUUUGGAUGAAUUUGCUAGUUUUGGAUAUGGAGGAAGUUUCAAACAAGUUAACAGACUUCAGGAAAUGUUGCAGGAAGUUCCAACAUAUCAAGCUACACCAAAGGCAUCAUCAAAUGCCACAAAGACAGCAAUCGAGAACUCGAUCAAAAUUCUGUCAAAACUCAACACAGAAAAUUCAUCAAAGUCACCAGAACUGACAGAAUCAUCACCAAAGAAGCAAAACAGCCUCAAACAACUGACAUUGAGGGACAUGGCUUUCAAUAAACCAGCAACAACACAGAAACAGUUGCCAAUUGAGGCAACAACAGAGGCUGAAUCACAGUCAAUAAUCGAAGAUCAAAAUGACUUCGUGUUCGAUGUACAAGAUUUGAUGGCAUCAUUCAAUCCUGAGCUAGAAUUAGUUUCAAAUAACACAGAAUCAGAGCUAGCCAAGUACAUCCAGGAGGAUAUUGUCCAACUCGACUUAGAAUCACAAGAUGAACAGCCUUUGUACCAAAUUAUCAUCACAGAAGAUGCACACUUCACAGUCAAUAAACUCAAUGUUCCAGAAACAACAAAGACAGGUUUAGCUAAAAAAAUGACACGAAAAAGGCAACAAAGAAUCCAAGAAGACAUCAACAGCACAUCACUAACAGGUUACAAGUGUGGAUUUGGUUCCUGCACAAGAUCUUUCUCAACACAAAGCAAUUUAAGACGACAUGAACAUUUGCAUGGAUCAAAGAAGCUGCAUAAGUGUCAAGUUUGUGGCAAGGAGUUCAUGCAGAAGGAGUACUUGAAGAAGCACAUGGUGACACAUUAAGGAACAAGAAUUAAGUGUAAAAAAAUCUGUAAAUAAAAUUAGAUAA